AUGACAUCCCGAAAGCGCUCCUCGUCUCAGCAAGAUGCGGAAGACACCCAAGCCAAGAAGAGCCGUGUGAGCUACAAAGGCGCGCCAAGCAAAACCGACUCCAACGGCGAUCAAUACUGGGAAGUCUCUAAAAUGCGCCGUGUGACUGUUUCCAAGUUCCGCGGUCGAACGAUGGUUAAUGUGCGCGAAUAUUACGAGAAGGACGGACAGGAACUUCCUGGGAAGAAGGGAAUUUCUUUGCCGGUGGAACAAUUCGCCGAGCUCGUCAAGCUUCUUCCUGAUAUUGAGAAGGCCGUCGAGCAACAGGGUGAAUCGCUGCCUCGACCUGAAUACUUCAAUAAUACGGCUCAGGGUCAGGCUGAAGGGACUGAUGAGGAAAUGGAUGGGAAGGGGGAAGCCCCUCGAAGCAGAAUAUCGAGGCUACGAGUGAUGAGGAUAGUGAGGCGUGAUGUGGUAGUCAAUGCAUCCAUCUAUCUCUGUGGCUGGCUGGGAUUUCAAAGGCCGCCGUUCUUCGCUCAAUUUCUUCUAUGA